AUGCAAUAACGAUAAUAAAAUGAUAAUUUAAAUUUUACUCAAACAAAUGACAAAUUAAUGAAAGCACUUGUAGAAGAAUAUUAAAUCUCAAGUUAAGGUAAUUAAAAUUAAUCUAUAUAAAGAAUAACCAAUAAGCUUUUAAGAGUUUUUAUAAAAUUUUAUGGAUGAAUAUGAUAAUCAACAUGCAAAUGAAAUACAACAAUAUGAUCCAAAGAAUUACUUUAAAGUACUCUUAAUUAUAUAUUAAGGAUUCCUAUAAACAUAUGAUCAAUUUAGUUUAACCAUUUAAUGAUUUAGAAUAAGGUGAAAUUAUUUAUAACAACAAUCCAAAAUAACAAUAAAUUCAAUACUUAUCUAAAAACCCUCAAAUAAAAUUAAAAUCUAAAAGAGUUCCAAAACAAUAACAAAUUCUUAGUUUUGGUCUUUAGGAUGAGGAUGAUUUUGAAAGGAUUAAAGAAGAGGAAUAAGAUUAAUAAUAUCAAAUUAUUGAAGAUAAUAGGCCUAUUCAACGUUUAACAAACUAAGAGUUUUAUCAAAUAAGAGAGGAGGAAAGCCUAGAGAAGAAACGAAAAAUGAAUGCAGAGUAUUUAAAGAAGAAAAGUAAUAUAUUGUUAGCAUGUUAAAGAGAAAAUGCUAAAUAAGCAAGUAAAAGAACACCUUUAAUCUAAAUCAAUAUUAAUUAAUAGGUUAAAUAAUAUAAGAAAUUUAUUGAUUCAAAUCUAUAUAAUAAAUAAAUUGAAAGCUAAGAAUAUAUAGAAGAACCUAAGGAAGAAGAAUAUGAGAAUGCUAAGAAAUACUUUAAAAAAGAAAUUGAAUUACUUUAAAACUCAAUUGAUUAUUAUUAAAAUGAAAAUGAAAGAUUAAGAAAAGAAAGAUUAGAACUUAAUCAUUAAUUUUAAAUAUUAAAGUAUGAAAAAGAUAUGUUUGAAUAUAACAAAUUCAAUUAAAUAUAGGAAUUAGAAGAAUUAAAGAAGAAAGAAUAUGAAAAAAUAAAAAAGAAAUAAACUGUUUUUGAUAUGAUUUAAAAGACUCAUCAAAAUGAACCAAAUAAAUCUUUAAUAUAAGAGAUAGAAGACUUAAAGAAAUAAAUUGAAGAUCUAAAAGCAGAAAGUGAUAAAAAAUAAUUAAAAUUAUAAGCAAAAAAAUAAAAAUAUUAAAAGUAUUACAAAGAUAAAAUUGAAUAAACAAAAUAUUUGGAAGAGUAAAUUAAUACUUAACAAUAAAAAAUUAUGUAACUAACUUAAAUAAUAAAUGAUUAUGAAUCAAAUUCUGAAGUUUAGGAAUUAAUUGAAAAUUAAAAAAAAUAGAAACUUAAAAAUUAACAAUUAGAAAAUGAGAAAAAAGUUUAAGAUCAAAAUAAUCAAUAAUAAUAAGCUCCUUAAGAGAUUGUUAAACCUGUUCCUUUAUUUGAAUUGAUAUAGAAUAAAGAAUUUAACUUUUCAAUUGAUGAUAUCAACAAGAAAAUAUUUAUUGAAGAAUUUACAUUUGAUUACAAUUCUUUUUAUAAAGAUUAUUUAAAGUAAUCAAAUAAAAAAGAAAAACUUGUAGAAAAAUCAUAACGAUCAGAUGGUAAAGUAUUAAAGAUAUAUAAAUCUGGAAAGAAGGUAGUUGAAGGAAUGAAAGGAUUCAUUAAAGAAAUAUUUCCUAAUGAUUAUGUUAUUGUUCACUUCCCUAACAAAGAUAUUAAGUAAGAACUUCCAAAUGGAAUUAAAAUUUAUUAUCAUUCAUAAAAUAAUUCAACUCAAAGUUCUUUACCUUAAGGAAUUUCUGUAUUUUUAACUUAAAUAUACUUAGGUCACUUAUUUUAGUAAUAAGUAAUUGGAAAUUACCUUUGUUGAUGGUAGUAAAUAGAUAUUAUUCCAAGAUGGAACCAAAAAAUUUAUUAAUUAUAAAGGAGAAGAAGAGAUCUUUUAUCCUGAUGGAGUUAAAUAAACAAUUGAUUAAGAUAAGAUUAAAAAAACUGAAUAUCCUAAUGGGAAUGUCAAAAUAGUAAAUUUAAAUAAAUGA